AUGAAGCCUAAACAUCUCUCGAGCGAAACCUCUAUGAUCCAUGACUGCAAAAGAAUGAUCGGAGAAAGAGUUCGGCAAGCUUUUCAAGCCACAAUAGUUGUUGACGAUAACAGAAAUGAAAUUUCAGAUGCAAAAAUAAGAGUUUUGAAUGCUAAAGAAGUUAAAAGAUCAUAUCAAAGACUAUCUCGUCUAGCACCGCCGCGGCCCUCCUCCUCAUCUGAACGGUUGCCACAUAAUGUUUGCUUUCUACAUUUGAUGGUGGAGAGGAAGGGGGUGGGGGUUAAGGGAGGUGCAGUAGAUUUUGCCGGAAAAGAGAUUGGUCGGAAUCGCGAAGUAGAUUGGUCGGAGAAGAAGAGGGAAGGGGAUUACGGAGGUCUGGUUAGAGAAGAAGAAGAAGGAGAGGAAUGGGGAAGGGGGCGUAUACCGACCCCAACUGUCAACUCCGGCAAAGACCACACACCACCGUCACCUCCCAAACCGUCACUUCGAUCCACCAUCGAUUGGUGGAAUCUUGAUAUCUCAGUUGUUGUAGCCAUGGCAUUGCACGUAGAUCAUAAGGCCACCAUCAUUGAUGGAAAAGCAAUCGCACAAACAAUUCGUUCUGAAAUCGCCUCUGAAGUCAGUACCUUGAUUGAGAAAUAUGGCAAGGCACCAGGACUUGCUGUGGUGAUUUGUGGGGCAUAG